CAGCUACAACCAGGACCCAAAGCGGCUGUUAGCUAAAAUCACAUCAUCAGCAUUAGCAAUCCUGUUAUAAAGUGAAAGGACUUACAUUCGGGGAAAGAAAUACCAGUAUGGCUCUGUCACAAGCAGUCACUGCGUUGUGUGAGAAUUCAAAUGAAGCCUUUCUAGACGCCGCCAAGUUGUUACUUACAUAUGCGGACAACAUUUUAAGGUAUCCCAAUGAGGAAAAGUACAGAUCGAUCCGCAUUGGCAAUCCUACUUUCUCUACCAAGCUGUUGCCCAUCAAAGGUGCUGUGGAAUGUCUCUUUGAGAUGGGAUUUGAGGAGGCUGAGACUCAUCUGGUGUUCCCCAAGUCUGCAUCAGUGGAACAGCUGAAACUAAUCAGGGAAUCCAUAGCUGCAGAGAGGGAUCAAAGGCUGAAUGGAGGACAGCCUGUCCAACCCACCACUCAUGUCACUGCGGCCUCAGCCUCAGGACCAGACAGCACUGCUGCUGCCUCCAGCCAGCCAGUUACACCACCUACACCGCAGCCAUCAUCCUUGGAGAGCAGUAUGAGCUUUUUUGUGACUCUCCAGUCAAACUUCCAACAUGUGAUGCUGUAUGAAAAACCUGAGCUACAACAGAAAGCCAGGAGCUGCAUCCCUCACCAGCAGCUAUCCUCUGCCGCUGCGCACAAGCUGAAGGAGGCGAGAGAGGCUGAUACAGAAUGUAAACUUGGAAUAGAAGACUUCCUGGUGUUGGAGUUGCUUAGGUGGUUCAAACAGGACUUUUUCUCUUGGGUGGACUGUCUGCCAUGCAGUCGCUGUGGGGGUCCAACACAGAACAAAAGCUCCCUCAGUCCCACCCCUGAUGACCUCCGCUGGGGGGCCCAGCGAGUGGAGAACCACUACUGUCAGAGCUGCCAGCUCUCCACCAGAUUCCCAAGGUAUAACAAUCCUGAGAAGCUUCUUGAAACCAGGAGGGGGCGCUGUGGGGAGUGGGCUAACUGUUUCACUCUCUGCUGCAGAGCCCUGGGCCUUGAGGCCAGGUAUAUCUGGGAUAGCACAGACCAUGUAUGGACGGAGAUUUACUCAGUUUCUCAGCGUCGUUGGCUGCACUGUGACUCUUGUGAGAACAUCUGUGACAAACCUCUGUUGUAUGAGGUUGGCUGGGGGAAGAAGCUGGCCUACAUUCUGGCUUUCUCAAAGGACCAGGUGGUUGAUGUGACCUGGAGAUAUUCCUGCAAACAUCCAGAGGUUUUGACGAGAAGGACCAGGGUCCAGGAAGCCUGGCUGCUGCACACCAUCAAUGGGCUCAAUGCCUCAAGGCAGCAGUCCUUGAGUCCAGACAGGAAGAAGGAGCUGACAGAGAGGUUGCUUGUCGAACUGGUGGAGUUUAUUUCCCCCAAGAAACCAAAACCAGGAGAACUGGGUGGACGUAACUCUGGCUCUCUGGCCUGGAGAAUAGCACGGGGGGAAACCCGAGGGGCUGAUACAGGGACCACUGCACAGGCUGCAGGUUAUGUGUUUACUCCUACUGAGAAAGAGAAGAGGGACAGGUUACUGCAUAUACGCUAUAGUGCCACCAAGGAUCAGUACUGCCGAGUGUCCAACAGCUGUGAAGUGAUUCAGAGCUGGGAUCAGUGUGUGUGGAGCAAGGAGUCAGUCUUCAGAAAGGUGGAGAAUGACUGGCAGAUGGUGUACAUAGCUCGAACAGAAGGCUCCACCAUGGGAAGAAUCAGCUGGAAGUUUGACUUUGCUCCUGUGGGACUGAAGAUAAAGUCUGUCUCUGUCAUGGCCAGUAGCCAGACCUUCCACUCUGGGAAAGUCUGCUGGCACUUGCAGUCAGGCCAGAUUACUACAGAAUUCGCUGGAGAUGGGAAGUUGCAUUUGUCCCAGAGUCUGUCUGGCCUGUCAGAGUUUGUUGUUCUGGCACAGCUUACUGGUGGAGAAGGGGAGACGUCAUGGCAGCAUGCGCAGCUCUUCAGGCAAAGCUUGAAGGAAACAGAGGAGUCUUCAUUUGAAAUCCUCAUCCACUUAGAGGAUGCCUAAUGGUUGUUUUACUCAACAAAAUUGGACCCCAAAUCCUUUGCCAUUGUUGGCUGCUUUGACAAGUUCAGAGCUAAUUGUCUGAAUUAUAGUUUUGUUUGACAAAUCAGUGCAAUAUUUAAAUUUGUGUCUCCCCUUCAAAAUGAUUCAUCAUAUGCAUAGCCUAAUGAUAGAUAUGUGAACACAUGAGUGUUGUAUGUAUAUAAGAGUAUAGAUUUUGGCCCUGAUUUAAAUAAGGGCCAAAUUACCUUUUGAGAUUUGCAGUUUACGAUAUCUGUAAAGAGUUUGACCGCAAAGCCAUAACUUUUGUAACAUUUGUCCCCACUGUGAAGUGUCUGUGAUCUGUAAUGCAUAGAGAAAUUCUACAAAGCAAACCAGGGUUGAUCUCCUUGUCAGCUCAGGUUGCUCUAGUUCUCCUGCCAGUAAUCAACUGUAAUUAUUGGUCAAUGUGUCUUUUUUUUUUGCCUAUGAUAUUUUUACAUCUUACCAUGGUAGGUUAUAUCAAUGUGUAUAGUAAAUGUGUGAUGGAAAGGGCUGAAUGUUAGAAAAUAUAUGGUGGUAUAUUAAAGAUAUUUUUGCAGUCUU